ACCUCCUCCUCCUCCGCUUAAACGCGUAGCCUCCAUUGCUCUCCUCCUCCUCCCCACCAUGGAGUCGUCGCCGCCGCCGCCGCCGCAGAUGCGUGUGCGCGUCAUGGAGACCGUGCACCUGCGUCCGCCUCCGGCGGAUGACGCGGCGUCGUUCGCGCUGUCCGGGCUGGACACGGACCGCAACGUGCUCGACGUGACGUUCCGCACGCUGCGCUUCUUCCCGCCGCCGUCGCUCGAGCUCGACCCGCUCGCCGUCCUCCCGCGCGCGUUCGCCGCCGCCCUGGGCAUGUUCGUCCCGCUCGCCGGGAGGAUUGGGGACGGAGGGCGCGUCGUCUGGUCGGCCGCCGACGCCGUGCCCCUUGUUCUCGCCGCGGCGGACGACGUGUCGGUGGCCGACGUCGACACCGACAGCCCGGGCUCCGAUUUGCUGGAGCGGCUCGUGCCGGGGGACGGCGACGGCGACGGCGUGGCGGGGUCACCGGCGCUCGCGCUCCAGGUUACGCGGUUCGCCUGCGGCGGCGUCGCGCUGGGGAUGCGGGUGGCGCACGCGCUCUGCGACGGCGCCGGCGCCACCAAGUUCCUCUCCGCCGCGGCGCGGUUCGCGCGCGGGGCGCAGGAGCCGGCGGCGGUGGCGCCGGUGUGGGAGCGGGAGGACCGUCUCGGCCCGAGGCGUCCGCCGCGCGUGGUGAAGCCGUUCGAACGCGUCCUCUCGCUCGACGACGCCGCCGCCGCGGUGCACGGACCGUACGGCGCGGCCGGCGACGCACAAGGACAGAUCGCGAGGGAGUGCUUCCACGUGAGCGACGCGCGCGUGGAGGAGCUCAGGGCGCAGCUCGCCGGCGAGGCCGGCAUCAAGCUCACAACGUUCGAGUUCCUCGCCGCGUUCAUCUGGCGCGCCAGGACGAAAGCCAGAAGGACGAGCCCCGACGAGGUCGUGAAGAUGGUGUACUCCAUGAACAUCAGCAAGCUCCUCACGCCGCCUCUCCCGGACGGCUACUGGGGCAACGUGUGCGUCCCAGUGUACGUCGCCCUCACCGCCGGCGAGCUCGUCGCCCAGCCGCUCGCGGACACAGCCGCCAUGGUCAAGAAGAGCAAGCAGGAGGUGGACGACGAGUACGUCCGAUCCUACAUCGACUUCCACGAGCUCCACCGCGGCGGCGGCGUCACGGCGGGGCGCGGCGUGAGCGCGUUCACCGACUGGCGCCGCCUCGGCCACUCGGAGGUGGACUUCGGGUGGGGCUCGCCGGCGGCCGUGCUGCCGCUCUCGUGGAGGCUGCUCGGGAGCACGGAGCCGUGCUUCUUCGUGCCGUACGGCGCAGCCGACGAGAGGCGGCGGCGCGGGUUCAAGGUGUUCGUCGCGGUGCCGGCGAUGGCGACGCACUGCUUCAGAGAGGAGAUGCAGGAGCUAUCGUUGCAACGCCAUUGCCUGCGUUCGAAAGAGAAGCUGUAAAUUUCACACGAAAACAGUCCGUUCAAAUUCAAAAUGGAUAGUACUCAUUCAAAUAAAGAUCUUCAUACACAUUUCCGAACCGCAAUGGGAGUGAAUCCUGUUUGGAUGGGCCAAAAAAUAAAAUGGUCGAUCAAGAAAUUUGAAAUUUCCAACUCCGAAUCCGAUAAGAAAUCAAACACCCCUGUGUACUGUUGGCGCAUAUAUACCGGCACGGCUCUUCUCGAUCACCUCAACCCAGUUGAGAGAUCACCUCGAGAUCAUCGAGCGAGCCUGAUCGAUUCGAGAUCAAGAUCAUGACGCGCGGUGGCAGAGGAGAGGAUGACAAUGAGGUGGAUUCAUGGGUGAAGAAAGAAUCUGAAUGGGAGGAAGCAGGAGAUGGAGAGGAAGACGAUUAUUCAGACGAAACCGAAUAUGAUGAUGAUGAUGAUGAAUCUUCAGAUGAAGACAACGAUUACUUCUCAAUGGAAAAUCGGGAUGUCCGCUUCGCUUCGGAGGAGAAGUGGGAGAGCCAAAUCAUGGAACAGAUGAAAUUCUCUGUCUCCACUGCUGAUCCAUUUGAUAUCAGGACGAUUUGGAAGGGGUCUCUGCACGUCGACGGGCCGUGCCAAUCUCUCGAUCCAAACCUCUUAUCUAUGAACAAUUUCAUGCCUCAGUUACCACUGAGAAUGAAGAAGAAGAAUAAUGAGGAGCCUUGCCGUCGAGCCAUCCAGGUGUUUGGUCUGACUGUAUCUUCUCCUGACAAUGUUGUUCAGGAGAUCUAUGGUAUGUUUGCAUUCAGAGAUAUACGAAACAGCCAAGAACGCAAUUUCAUCUUUGAAUACCCAAGAGACAGACCAUUUACACUUAAGCCGGUGUAACUCUAUAUCAUACAUAUAUAUGCAGGGUUCUGAUAAGGUGCAACCCCUGAUUCAGCCUCCUCGCGGCAUUUACGCAAUAGGGCCAGUGGUAAUGGAGUAUCACCUAAUGAUCAAAGGUCAAGAAGAACAAGAAGAUAGAGUAUUGGUAGAUGGUUACUCCAUCUACUGUCCAUCUUUCUACAAAGAACGUUCAAGGUUCCACUGGCACAUUGACACUGGCCACUGUGGUGCCAUUGAUCUGAAGAUGGCUGCUGUACCAAACGCCGUGCUGGCCACAGUGGAGAUCGAGGUGAUUCGUCUCGGAGGAACUCACUACGAUUCGCUUGCCAUUGUUGUCGCAUUAUCGAUAAUCAAGGGUAUGUAUUUGGUUUUCGAUGGCAAGGUUAGCGUAGGCAAGCUACUGCCUUUCACGGUGUGCAUCAACAGAGAGAUGCAUCUGAAGCUGUUCGUGUACGGCUACUCCAGUAGUCAGAUUGGACAUGGCGAUUGCUCUCCAGAUGGUGUUGUUAGUGAUUACGACAAUGAUGGGUUCUUCUCCGCAAGCGAGGAUGUUUAUUACGACGUUUUGAAUUUCAUACCACAGUUUGGAACCUAUAAGAAAAUGUCACACAAUCUUGAAGAUAUGGACGUGUCUGUGACGGUAACCUGGUCUAGCUUGUAUUAGUACAGAUAAAGUGAGGAUUAUAUUUUAUGUUCUUGUCAUAAACAAUUACUGUAAAUAUGUGGAAGAACAAUGUCAGGGAAGAAUGGCGGAGUCGUUAACACUCAUCUUUUUAUUUGA